CCACGAAGGCGACCGGUGUAUCGAACGGAGUCCGCAGUUCAGAAAUAAAUGGCGCGUUUUCUAACUACCUAAUAAAAUAAAAUCAAUUUAAAGUUUAAUAACUUACAACUAAAGUGUGCUAAUACAAGCAAAAAUUAAAAGUGCAAGCUAAUUACAUUGAAAUGAAAUCCAAUAUUAACAGGUCGAAAAAUCAGCUAAACAAGUAAAUAAAUUCAAGAUGCCUCUGGGUCUGGGCAUUCAAAGUGUGUGUGUGUUUGUAGCCAAAGAGUGCAAUAAAUAAAGCAAUAGCAUCCAAAAAAUCGGCAAACAACUGUAAACGAAAAGCAAAAUGACGCGCGAAGAAGAGGAAGAGGUGCGAUCCCUGCUGUCUCGCCACCAGGAGCGGAUCAUGCUGGACCUGGGCAGCACCGAUCUUCUGGCGGUGCUUGUGAAAAACUCGGUGUUAAGCCAGUCGGAAGAGGAUCUCCUGCUGAAGCCCUAUAACGCAGCCACGCCCACGCCCUCCACGACAGCUGCCUCAGAUCCACCUGGUACCGCUCCGACCCUGACCAAGCGGAAGCUCAGUGCUGUGGCCAGCAGCGGCAGCUCCGCCAGCGGGGGCAGCGGUAGCGGUGGCAGCGGCUCCUCGCGCUGCGCCAGCGUCAAUGGGGACGCGCACAGCGACAGCCGCCCCCUAACGCCCUCUGGCGGCAGCGGCGGCGGCUGCUCAGGACUCAGUGACGCCGAAAUCCUGCGGCUCCAGUGCUCCAACUUGAUCGAAAUCAUCGCCAAGAGUGGCUUCGAGAAGUUCAAGCAGUUUUGCUACGCCAUCGAGUGCGAGUGUCCGCAGCUGAUCGAGGAUCUAAUUAACGAUCGUCUUAAAAGCGGCUCGGCCAAUUUGGAUGAGGACAGUCCCAGUGAGGGGAAAAUAGAAAAGGAAAUCGAAUCGAUCGAUUACAUUGACAAGGAAAAGGAAAACGAUCGCAAUCGUCGGGCUGUCAGUUAUGGAGGUGAUAUUACCUCAUCACCCCAAUCAGCUACCAUACCACGUGCCGCCCCUCGCCGGGUGGCACUGAUGAAGGAACCUCCCCCGCCGCCACCCAAGCCCCAGCUGACGUCCAAGGCGUCACUGCAGUCCACGGACUCGAUCUCCUCUUGCUUGGCCAGCAAGUAUCCCCAGUCGGAGUACAAUCUCAUCCAGAAAAUCGACUCGAACAGCACUUUGACGGCACCGGCGCAGUAUCAGCCACAGAAUUUCUAUGCCAACACUGGGACAAUUUCCUCAACCAACGGCUAUGGAUCGCUACUGUGUCACUCCAGUUCCACGGCCAGUCCGCUGGCAGUUCGGAAGCGGGACAAGCUUCUGCACCGCUUCAGUGAUGCUGCCACAUUGGGUCGCAAGUUGAAGAAAAAGAAGAACACAAACCGCACCUGCCGCUCCAUGACGGAGGCCAUUGAGAUGCUGGCCGAUCCGGUUAUCGAGGAUGAAUUCUUUGGCGAUCGAACCACUUGGGAGUACCACACAGUUGCAGUCACCCGGGUGCCGGGUUAUGGCUUCGGCAUCGCCGUUUCCGGUGGACGUGAUAAUCCGCACUUCGCCAACGGAGAUCCAUCGAUAGCUGUUAGCGAUGUACUCAAAGGUGGCCCCGCCGAGGAUCGAUUGCAAGUCAACGAUCGGAUUAUAUCGGUGAAUGGCGUUUCCCUGGAGAACGUGGAGUACGCGACGGCGGUGCAAGUGUUGCGGGACAGUGGCAACACUGUGCAGCUUGUGGUGAAGAGGCGCGUGCCACUGAAUCCCGUCACGCCGGGUGGUGCGGCGGUGCAGCACCAGCACUCGCACAGCCUCAGCUCGGUGGGUCUGAUGGCCAAUGGUGGUGGCGUGGCGCCAACUCCCAUGACCAGUCUCAGCCAGCCGAACUCACUGAACUCGUCGCUGGUGCAAAAUGCCACCGGAGGUCAGCCCAUCAAGGUGACGCUCACGAAAGGCGGCAAGAAGGAUGACUACGGCGUGGUUCUGGGCUGCAGGCUGUUUGUCAAGGAGAUCUCCUCGAAGGCCAGGGAGCAGCUGAACGCCAAUGGCUAUAGCCUCCAGGAAGGGGACAUCAUUACACGCAUCCACAACACAAACUGCGGCGACACCAUGAGCCUAAAGGAGGCCAAGAAGAUCAUUGAUGGCUGCAAGGAGCGUCUGAACCUGGUGGUUCUCCGAGACAUCACCAACCAGGCGGCUGUGAGCCAACUGAAUCUUAACAACUCGACCAGCCAUCAGUCAGCAUCGGGAAAUAUUUAUGCCAGCCAUCAGGCACAGGUGUCCGGCUGCAGCAACGGCAACAACAACCUGGAGGACCCGUAUCUGCCAGGAGGGGCCAGCUACUCCUCCCAGAACCUCUAUGUUCAGCCACCAACCCGAACCUCGAACGGCCCCAACAUGAAUGGCAAUGUCCUGAACGAGGAGAAGAGCAAUCUGACACCCAGGGGCAGAUCGAGAGGUCCCUUGAUGGAUGGUGUCUCCCUGCAGCAACUGGACAGACCAGUGACCCCAACUGGUCGUGGCCGAAACGGUGUUGCCUCCGAUGAGCCACCACGUCCGCCGCCACCGAGGGGAUCCAGUGGCGGAGCCGCCCAGGAAGACUUCUACAGUUCCCGAAGACAGCUCUACGAGGAGCGCCAGAGUGCCGAGCCACGGUUCAUAUCCUUCCAAAAGGAAGGAAGCGUUGGCAUUCGUCUAACUGGUGGCAACGAAGCCGGAAUCUUUGUGACAGCCGUGCAGCCAGGAUCUCCAGCCUCGCUCCAGGGUCUAAUGCCGGGAGACAAGAUCCUGAAAGUCAACGACAUGGACAUGAACGGUGUGACCCGAGAGGAGGCCGUGCUCUUUCUGUUGAGUCUCCAGGAUCGCAUCGAUCUGAUUGUUCAGUACUGCAAGGAAGAGUACGAUGAGGUCGUGACCAACCAGCGUGGCGACUCUUUCCACAUCAAGACCCAUUUCCACUGCGAUAAUCCAUCCAAGGGCGAAAUGGCCUUCAAGGCGGGCGAUGUCUUCCGGGUGAUCGAUACCCUGCACAACGGAGUCGUCGGCUCCUGGCAGGUUCUGAAAAUAGGACGAGGACACCAGGAGAUGCAGCGUGGUGUGAUUCCGAACAAAUCGCGAGCCGAGGAACUGGCCACCGCUCAGUUCAAUGCCACCAAAAAGGAGAUGAACGCCAAUGAAUCGCGUGGAAACUUCUUCCGGCGAAGACGCUCCACGCAUCGCCGUUCGAAGAGUCUGUCCCGCGAAAACUGGGACGAUGUGGUAUUCUCCGACAGCAUUUCCAAGUUCCCGGCCUACGAGCGCGUGGUGCUGCGACAUCCUGGAUUCGUGCGCCCCGUUGUCCUCUUCGGACCCGUCUCCGACUUGGCCCGUGAACGCCUGGCCAAGGACUUCCCCGACAAGUUCUCGACCCCAUUGCAGGACGACGACAAAUCCGCCGGCAGUAGUGGAAAAUGCCGCAUUGUGCGGCUCUCGAAUAUACGCGAUGUGAUGGAUCGGGGCAAGCACGCCCUGCUGGACAUAACCCCGAAUGCGGUGGAUCGUCUCAACUAUGCCCAGUUCUAUCCGGUGGUCAUAUUCCUGAAGACGGACAGCAAGCACGUGAUCAAGCAACUGCGUCAUGGCCUGCCCAAGGCGGCCCACAAGAGCUCCAAGAAGCUGCUCGAGCAAUGCCAGAAGCUGGAGCGCGUCUGGUCGCAUAUCUUCAGCACUCAGAUUGCCCUGAGUGACGAGGAGUCCUGGUAUAGGAAGCUGCGCGAUUCGAUCGAUCUGCAGCAGAGCGGCGCCGUCUGGAUGUCCGAGUCUAAGCCCGUAGAAUCCCUUUCCGAUGAUUUCCUAUUCCCCAUGACCACCUCCCGACUCUCGUAUGCAUCAAGUCCCGAAUCCGAUUUGGAACUGAGUCCCGGCCCAUCCGCAUCAUUGUCGCUUGGCAAUUUGCCGCAGUUGGUUAAAGCGAGCUCAGAUCCAUCGAUUGCCACUAAUCAGGAUAACUUGGAUAGGGAUAGAGACAUAAUUGGUGAAGGAUUGCCACCUCCAUAUACGGUACCCUACGACCAUGGUGUCCCCGGGAACCCGAAUCGCCGCCAGACCAUGGAGUCCAGCCAAUAUAGCAUCUACGGCACAAAGGUGCCGCAGCAGCAGCAGCCUGGAGGUGACCCGGCGGCCAUCAGACCGCAAUCUCUGUACGGGAUUAAUGCCCCAGACCUGCCGCCGCGCAUCGAUCGGCAAUCGAAACCUGGAGAUAUGCCACUGAACACCUCAGGCUCGUCAUCCCGGAACGGAACCCUGAGUCGAAGUGCCCAGGAGCGUCUAUUUGGGAAAACCGUAGUGCAGGAUGAUGGCCAAGCCGAGUACAUCACCCGGAAUGCACUGGUUGGCUCAGGAGGAGCUGAAACCAUGGAAAGGCAGCAACAGCAGCAGCAGACCCACGCCUCUCUGGAGCGCCAGGCACGUUUGAACGCCCAACUGAAGGCCAAUGGAGGAGGCGGUGGUACCUCCACCUACGACAGCGUCUCCAGCUACGAUUCAUAUAAUAAUUCCCAAAUGGCCAUGCAGAACCUGGGACGACUGGGUCCCAAUGCACCCGACGAUCUCAAAUCAGUGCCAAAUGCAGGUGGUCGACCUUUACCUCCUGUGGGCCAAUCACACGAAUACGGCCGUAGCCCUCACGAUCAUCGGAACUUUGGUGGAGCCAACGAUCUAAACCGCCAGAACAGUCCUGGCAGACCUCAUUAUAAUGAUAUGAAUGCGUCCCGUAAUAUUGAUCCCCGCAAUGGCACUCCCCAGCGUCCUUCGAAUUUGGGUCUGGAGAGCAGUCCUCGAAAGCCUUUGGUGGAGACCAAAACCGAUUACGGCAAAUACAGUCGCAAUAACUCCGUAUCACAAGCGGAUUACACGAAAUUGCCGAAGACGACGCCACACGGAGUGGUGCCACCACCGAAUGUCAGCAAUGGCCAGGGCCAGAUGAAUGGCAGUGGAACGCCUAGUAGCAAUGGCAGUGGACCUUUUAAGCCGGUGCCACCGCCCAAACCGAAAAACUACAGGCCACCAGUGCAAAGUGGUGGUAGCAGUGGCAGUGGUGGCACCACACCCUGGGAGAAUGGGGACUCUGGUUCGCCGCGUUCACCCAACGGUUUCUACUAUCCGCCAACGCUAUCACAUCACCAUUACGGCCAACAGCCUACUCCUGGCUCGCCCAGCAACGGACACAUGCAACAGGCGCCGCAGCAGCAACAGCAGCAGCCCACCUAUGGUGGCAGCAAUGGAAACUACGGACAGGCGCCACCUCCACAGCCAUACCCUCCGGCCAAUGGCUAUAAUGGCAACAGUCACCACUACAACGGAGGCAGUGGCACAGGACCCUACAUAGCGCCACAUCGUGGCAUGCCACCGCCAAUCGGAAACCUGCCACCGCAUACCCCAGAACGCCAUGCCCUGGACUUGGCUGGAAGUCGAGAGCAGCGUGGAUCCGCAUUCGAACUAUAUCGUAAACCGCAAAUCGGAGGCGCCGCCGGGCACCAUCACAAUAUGAGCGAAAUGGAGCCGUACGAUGAGCGGUACGAUGAAUACUAUCGCAUGCCGCCACCUUCCCAUGGACAUCCCAUGCAGCGAUCCCGCUCUGCACCGCGUUACCCCCACGAGCGUCCACCUACGCAACAGGACCCCAUUUAUUAUGGACACUACGGCACUGCCAGGGCACACAGUCAGCCUCGGCAGCAAUAUCCCCCUCAUCCCCAACAACACCAUCCUCAGCAGCAGUAUUACGAUGAUCAUGGCAUGGAGAUGGCGCCACCCCCACUGCCACCGCAUAAGAAAAAGAAAUCCGUGCUCAAAAGCCCGCUUGUAGCCCUCAAGAAUGCUCUGAUCAAGAGCACUCGGCCCUUGAGAAGGAUGAACAGCAUGGUGGAGCCGGAAAGGAAGCCCAAGGGCUUGCGCCGCCAGCAAUCAAUGCUGGAAAGGGGAGUCCAAAGACCCUACUAUCCAGAUGAGUAUCCCACCUAUCCGGCGGGCUACGAUGAGCGUUCACAUGGCAUGAUGCCGCCACAUCCGCAGGAUGUUUACUAUCAACAGAGAAACGGCGGCCACUAUCCGCAGCAUCCGCAGGAUAUGAUGAACAGUACCUACCAGAAUCUGGAGAGCGAGGAUAUUUACGGAAACAUAGGUGGCAAUGGGACAGUGCCCAGGAUGCAGCAUCCCCAUGACAAUGGCUAUGACCAGUACGACCAAUACGACUUGUAUGCAAAUCGGGCUUGUAUUGAUCUCGAAAGGCGACAAGCCGAGGCAGCUGCGGCGGCUGCAGCAUCAGGGGGCAAGAAUGGUCGUAGGAUUGUUAGGCGCCAUAGCACUACCACAGCCGACCGUGGGGGUGGCAAUCAGUGGGCCAACAGGCGCCCUGUGGCUAGUCCUGGCUACGAGCAGGAUCCCCAAGAGAUCUACCAAACUCGCAAUGGGGCUUACAUGGUUCCCCAUGAACAACGCCGGGCCCCCAAUUCCGAGGUGAUGACUCGACGGCGAUUCUAUCCAGGAGCUGCUAACGAGGAGGAGCCACUCUAUCAAUCUCGACGGGAAAUGCAACGUGAAAUGCAACGCAAUCACUUGUACCAGUCCAAACGGGAAAUGCAGGAGCGGAUUAGCCAGGGAAAGCGGGACAUGGAGCGGGAGUUCAGUCCUCAAAGUAGCAGCAGCCAAUCGGAAGCCUCCAAUCCGGAGGCAAUCUAUCAAAGUCGGCGAGAGGCCAAGGAGAGUGCUCUUAAGACUCGAUCCCAGCUCAGGGAUCAAAUAUAUCAAACCAGACGCGAGGCUUUGGACAGCAUGGCGGAACCCAUUUACGUAUCCAAAAGGGACAUGGGCCGACCGGCGCCCAUUUACGAGACCCGGGAAGAGAGUAUCCUACAGUCGCGUGAAAAUGAAACUGAUGAGAAGAAAGAGGGCAAAUCUGAGCAGAUACAGGUGGAAAUUAAUGCCCAACCCGAAGAUCCCGUAGAAGUGGAUUCCACUUUAAGUCGUUCCGAUCUGCAAAAAUCAUCAGAUACUGUGAUUGAAAAUCCAGCCAGAGCUCCUCUGGUCAAGGAUGAAGUGGAUGAGGUGGAGGCUCAGCAGCAGGGGGAAGAAAAUCCCGAUGAGAGCUCCAUGGACGCCACGGAACAGGUCACGGCCAUUGAAAACAACCAUCACAAUGAGGCCAUGUUGCAGGCCAGUGGAACUCAAAAUGAGUCCGAUGACGUCUUUGAGGCAGCCGAUCAGGUUGCACCACUAGCCCCGCCUCCCGCUCCUAUGGCAGUGCAACAGCCACCCACUCCCCGGUCCGGCAGGGCACCCUUUCACAUUUCCAAUAUACUGAAACGCACGGCCCCGCCACCAAGCUCCCCCAUCGGGGACAGUUGCACCUCCAUUGAGACGCAGUACACCUCGCAGGCCAGCCUCCCAGUGGGCCCACCCAAUGCCACCAGUACGCCAUUUAGUAGCAACAUGUCCCUGCCCAUCGCUGGACCCGUGAACAAUGCCCCACCCCAAGCCACCAAUGCCGGACCCUUUCCCGCCACUCCCCGGGAACCCAGCACGUCGCGGGGAUUUUUCGAUUCCAAUGGUGGAACUCUGGCGGAUAAAUUGUGGCACGUUUCGUUGCAAAUCCCACCGGGAGCCAUUCCACCCGGAGUGCGGCAGGAGAUCUACUUCACCGUGAGCGAUCCCCGGAUGGGUCAGGCCGUCGGUGGCCCGCCCCUGGAUAUGGAAAAUGGUGAGACAAUGCUUUCGCCGCUGGUGAUGUGCGGGCCCCAAGGCCUUGAGUUUCUAGUACCGGUUACCCUCAACAUACCCCACUGUGCCGGACGUACUGCAUCCCUGGGCCUGGCCCUCAAGGCGACCGACAGCGAGAAGAACCUUCACACCGAGUGGGACAACAUCGAUCUGCCCAGCAAUGCGGCCGCCCACACGGUCUCCGUCAAGGUGGAUCACUUCUAAUCAGCCCAGCAUUAAGUUUCAUACACCAUAUACCCACUCAUCCGUAAACUUAGCAAAAAAACACACACAUUCACGAACGAGAAACGCAAUUGUAAAUAUAAUGAUCCAUAAACAUGUUAUGUUAGAGCAAGAAAAACGAAAAAAAAACAAACUUAGGCAUCGCUUAUAAAAUAAUUAAUUUAAUUCGAAUAUUGUCUGUUAAUUGUGCCUUUGAGUGAUCGUUUGGCUCUGCCUUUCAAAUAUAUUAUCGAGCUAGAAAUUAAUCAAUCGAAUGCAAAGGACAUUUGUAUAAAGCGAUUAGGAUUACCUAUAUAAACCAAUUAUUUUGUAUAUUACUAUGUAUUUUAUAUAUUUACAUAAUUUUAAUGAAUUUAAUUGACAAUUAAUUAGCUAUUCGACCCAUUAUACAUUUUAUUGCAUUCAAAUUGUUAAAAGCGUGCAUAUUUUGCAAGCAUUAGUUUAUCAUUAAAAAAAAACAAAUUAUAGCGAUAUCCUUAGAGCCUAUGCACACCUAUACACAUUGUAUAACCAGAACAGAAAAUAAAUAUUUAUACGCAUUUUUGUAAUAAAAACUAUACACACGUGGAAAGCUUGGGAAUAAAUAAAGAGCAACUAUAAAAAUAAA